AUGCCUCCAUCGGAUGAAGAUCGAGAUGAUGUUGAAACUAUCGAAGAAGCGCUUCAAGAUGUUUUGAAAAGAUCCCUUGUGGUUGAUGGUUUAGCCCGUGUGGAAACUUGUACUGAAAAAGAGUACAUCAAAUUGGUUGAGGCUUUAUGUUCCGAGCAUUCUAUUCAACUGAUCAAAGUUAGUGAUGCUAAAAAACUUGGUGAAUGGGCGGGUCUUUGUAAGAUUGAUCGUGAGGGUAAUCCUCGUAAAGUCGUUGGAUGUUCAUGUGUCGUAGUCAAAGACUAUGGUGAAGAUUCUGAAGCUAGAAAU